UGUUGAUAGGAAGUUGACAGGCACCUUUCCUUCCUCCGUGUUGACAGGUCUGUCUCGGUAACCGAGCUGCCUCGAGCGAUUUUCGCAUUGUUUCGCCUUCAGUUUAGGACGCUAAUUUCCUAGAAGUUUACCUAGUUUCGCACGCAGCAUGGCGACUGAUUUCGAGUGGCCGUGGCAGUACGGCUUCCCUCCGUUCUUCACCCUCCAGCCGACGCUGGCGACGAGGGAGAAGCAGCUCGAAGCGUGGAGCAAUCUGAUCCUCAACUACCACCGCGCCCACAAGGCGUACGUGCUGGACGUCGCCGAAGCCCUCGCGUCGCCGCUGUUCCACAACAAGGACAUCUCCCGAAAGCUCUCGGCGGACUCCCUCAAGGAGAUCCUCAAGUACAUGAGCUCGAGGGGUCAGGUCGCCUGGACGGACAAGCAGCAGUCGCGCUGCUACGUCUACUGGCGGUCGCCCGAAGAGUGGGGCAAAUUGAUCCACGACUGGGCCGACGCCACGGGACACCUGAACACCGUGUGCACCUUCUACGAGCUUGUGCAAGGGGACGACACGGCCGACACUGAAUUCGCUGGUCUGGACGUGGACCUGCUGCGGCUAUCCUUGCAAACGUUAGAGAAGCAAGGAAAAGCCGAGCUCAUCUGUUUCGAUGGCAGCGAUGGCGUCAAGUUCUUUUAAUUCACUACGAUCCACGUGAAUUUCCGCGUGCCUAACGCGGCAAGUACACCGCACAUUUGCUGCCCAGCGUGCCACAGCCUAACUUGUUGUUACCACUGCGUGAAAAACAAAAACAAUGGCUAUUGUUGCUUAAAUAACAUUGGGUAUUCGUGAGAAUACAAGUUAUUUUUUUUUUCAUUUCGGAUUGCUUGAGUAUUUUAAAGCAAAUGCAACACACACACGAAGUGGAAUAAAUAGCGGGUUUUAAGGACCCCUAUGUACCGACAAUGGCAGGGUUUUAUAGUCAUGGUAUCUAGCCACACGUAAAGGCUGCAAUGUACCAUAUACACGAUUGUGUACUCUAUUGAUGGCUCCGAUUAAGCACAGUGAUUAAAGGAACCCUGCAACACUU